GCAGCCAGGCCGCCUUCGCCGCCGCCUCCUCCCGCCCCCAGCCAUGGCCGACGCGGAGGACGGAGACGAGCCCGGCGUUUCUGCUUCUCACUCGGGUUCUUCCGGCGCCAAGGCGGGCGGCGCCGACAAGAUGUUCUCGCUGAAGAAGUGGAACGCCGUGGCCAUGUGGAGCUGGGACGUCGAGUGCGACACCUGCGCCAUCUGCCGGGUGCAGGUCAUGGAUGCCUGUCUUAGAUGUCAAGCUGAAAACAAACAAGAAGAUUGUGUUGUGGUCUGGGGAGAGUGUAAUCAUUCCUUCCACAAUUGCUGCAUGUCACUGUGGGUGAAACAGAACAACCGUUGCCCCCUCUGCCAGCAGGACUGGGUAGUCCAAAGAAUAGGCAAAUAAAAUUGCUUCCAGUUAUUGCACUGAAAUUGCUUGAAAUGUAUACAACUAAUGGUAUACUUUCUCUAUGAAAGAGAGAAGAAGUCACGGUGUGGCAAAAUCCAUCUUAUUUAUUUGUGUCUACACAAGGACUUGGAUUUGAAAUUUUUGUGUUAGUUUGCUGGUUUUUUGGUCUUUAAAAAUGUUCCAUCAGGAACUUAGCUGCAGUAUUUAAGAAUGUAUCUAAAUAUUUAAUAUGAACACUGUUCAUUUAUUUAGGAAUUAUUUAGGGCUUAUAGGUCUAUGAUUAUUAAUACAAGCAAUUUCAGCUUGAAACAUUGCUACUUUUUCUCAAAAUGAAGUUAUUAAUUAAUAAAUAAUUGAUGGUGCAUUGUUUUUAUUUUGGCUUUAUCAUUAUUUCUUUAGGUAUUGAUAAAUGCUUGUUUCCAUAGUACUUUAAGAUGGAAUUGAAUUGACUGCCUUUUCAAAGUAUGUACCUUCUCCACACACAAUUAAACCUCUUAUCCUUGUGAAA